AUGGGUCAGAAAGGUAGUAAAGUCCAGAUAACAGAGAAUGAUCGCGCAAUUUUGCAGUUGAAAAGAUCCAAGGAUGAAAUACAUAAAUUCACAAGGAAAACUGACCAAUUGAUUGGAACAGAACGUGAAAGGCUUAAACAUAUGAUAAAGGAUAAUCCAAAGGGCUAUAAAAAUGAUAGAAAGGUUCGAUUUCUGUUGAAAAGGAUACACUAUCAAGACCAUCUAUUACAACAAGCUUCUGAACAGCUGAUAAAUUUAGAGAAUUUAGUGUCAACUUUGGAAUUCAAAUUAGUUGAGGUGCAGUUCAUAAAAGGUUUAGAAAGAGGUAAAGACAUACUAAGCAAAUUGAAUCAAGAAUUCAAGAAUGUCGAUGAACUAGUGGAUGGCGUGCACGAACAAAUAUCGUAUCAAAAUGAAAUUGAUAAUGUCUUAUCACACAGCAUUGUAGGUGUCGAUGACUUUGAAGACGAACUUGAUAAAGAGUUGGAACAAUUGGAUAGCGAGGUCAAUCCUAAAACAUCUCUUCAUUUACCAUCGACUGAUAACCUACCGCCUUUGCAGCAAAAUGAAGAAUCGAAUAAAAUACAGGGGCCAUCACUGAACGCAGAGGAAAAUAUUAAAGCACCGCAGACCGAAGAACCGCCUUUACUUGCCUAA